CAACAGCAUUCUCCGCGUGUGUGCUCCGCAGUGCUGCGCAGUGCUGCGUCUCGGAGAGCCGAUUCCUUGACUGCCCAGGACCGGAUGUUGUCGGAGGAAGCGGGUACUCGAAUGGCCCCGAGUGGUGGCGGGCCGUGCGUGGUCAUGCCGUGCCGCGCCAAUCAAGUACCCGGUUGUGACGCGAGAGGCGCGGGGCGCGGGUCAAGUCGGAAGUACCGGAAGUACCGGAAGUAUCCGAAGGUGGCCGAAUGGAAUCGACACGACCGGAGCGCGGAGCCGCGGAGCACGGGCCGCGCCGAGGCCGGCCCUGCCUAAUUAAUGUCUAGCGUCUAGCGGCUCGUUCUAUGGCGGCCCGAUGGCGGCCCGAUGGCGGCCCGAUGGCAGCCGGACUGAUGGAUGGAGGGAACCAAGCGAUGUUUGGAAUCGUUCUGCAGGACUGGUCUGACCCUGGCCCACGCGCGUGUGGGCGUGCGCGGUGCGGUCAUAGGGCUGCAAGCUCUCUCUCUCACACACACUCGAGGAUUCGUGGGGCCUCCUGGGAGAGGGACUGGGCGAGUCUGCCCAAUUCCGAAGCGCAACUUGUGUCACGAUAAGGCCGAGAGCUCAUCCAACUGCCCCGCGCUGGAGCCUGACCUGAGUUCGUUCGAGCUGCUCGUCCGCCUCACGGACCCCUGCCGCUACGACCGCUUCGCCAGGCCUGAGCACGACGGCGACCCCCUGCCCAUCAACACGCGCAUGUUUGUCUACUACCUCGGCUCCGUCGAGGCGCACACUCUGCGCUUCUCGGCGCACAUCAUGCUGCGCUACCGCUGGACGGACCCCCGCCUGGCCUUCUCCGAGACGUCGCCCGCCCUGACCAAGGUGAUCGGCGAGACCAUGAUCCGGGACCGCAUCUGGGUGCCACACGUCUACCUCGUCAACGAGCACGAGUCCCGGGUGAUGGGCGCGGGCAAGGAGGACGUCAUCGUCACCAUCAAGCCCUCCGGCACCGUGCUCUUCUCCACCAGGAUCAAGGUCACCAUGCUGUGCAUCAUGGACCUGCAGAAGUUCCCCUUCGACCAGCAGUCGUGCCCUAUGGUGUUUGAGAGCUGGAUGUACAACACGACCGAGAUGCAACUGCACUGGGAGAAGGACAACCCCGUCAUCCUGGACCCGGGCCUGCGCCUCACCGAGUACAGCCUCAGCAGCCACUGGGCCAACGAGAGCGAGGCCACCUACCAGUACACGCCCGACAUGACCGUGGACGAGAUGGGCCUGGACAAAUUCGGCGGCAACUACUCGCGCCUCAACGUGCAGUUCCUGCUCAAGCGGGAGGUGGGCCACUACAUCAUGGACUACUACGUGCCCUCCAUCUUGCUGGUGGUCGUGUCCUGGGUGUCCUUCUGGCUGGACCCUAACGCCGUGCCCGGUCGCACCACGCUGGGCACCAGCACCAUGCUGACGUUCAUCACCUUGACCCGCAACUCGGGCAGCCCGCUGCCCAAGGUGUCGUACAUCAAGGCGACGGAGAUCUGGUUCAUGGUGUGCACCGCCUUCAUCUUCGGCUCCCUCGUCGAGUUCGCCUUCGUCAACACCAUCUGGAGGCGGAAGAACAACGUGGAGCUCAAGAAGGUCAACACCAAGUACGUGCUCAAGUCGACGCUCACGCCCACCCUGCACCGCAAGCAGACCAUGAUGGAGCGCUGCCGGUCGUGCCCGGACAUGGUGGAGGAGGGCCGCAAGCCGUCCGACGGCAACCUCUUCAGCCAGACCAAUACGCUGAGCGUGGGCUCGCUGGAGUCCAUGCGGGACCCCUUCUCGUCCACGUACACGCUCAACUCGACGCUGGCGGCGGGCUCGGUGCCGGGGCUGAGCUCGGACUGCCACGACAUCGUGGUGCCCAUCCCGGCGCAGUGCGCGGCCGGCAAGGCCGGCAAGGGCAGCAAGGGCUACAAGGCCAACAACAUGGCGCAGUGCGAGCAGGGCUUGAGCGCACCGGGCCACGCCGCCCACGGCUUCACCACCAUGACGCCGCAGGAAAUCGCCCAGUGGAUCGACCGGCGCAGUCGCGUCGUCUUCCCCCUCAGCUUCGUCGUGUUCAACGUCCUGUACUGGGGCUUCGUCUGGAUCUGAGGGCCCUUUGCCUUUGCCUCGCCUCCGGCCGGCCGGGCGCCGCGGCGACGCGCGGACGUCUCCCCGCGUCUACUGGACUUGGACGCAGGCAGACGUCUCCGCUGCCGGCCCGGCGGCCACUCGUGUUGCCAGGCGGCGUUUGUUCCCGGGACUUCGUCAUAUUCCAACUCCUCCGGACUCUGCGGGAGGCCCUACUUUGGACUUGAACUGGCUCGGGCCACGAGGGCUUCGAGGGCCACGUAAGACUUGACGUAGGCCGUGACGUAGGCCACGCGCCCGGAUGCUAUGGCCCUUGAGGCAACCCUUCAAUCUAAUCCGCGUUUGAAGUGGUGGCACUAGUAGGGUAUCAGGAUGGUCAUGUAGGGUAGGCCACUUUUGCUAGCAAAGAACUCCGAAAUGGGAAUCACCCCCCUUCAAGUUUUGAUUGAUCAAACUAAGUAUCUAUGAUGGAUCUGGGGUGUGAUGUGAUGUGCGCAUAGGAGGGCUUCUUCCCUGUGCGGAGCCGAGAAAACGAAUCAAAAUCAAAACUGCCUCUACCAUGGGUGUUGCGCGCCCUGCUCGGGCAUCGGCACCAUGGCACACGUGAAAGGCUGUUCUUCGGAAAAGAAACGAAAUGCAAGAGAGAAAACACUUAUCUAUGAGACUGAAUAGUGAACGGCUAAAAAAAAUGCGUGUUCAAUUCCACCGAACUCCCACACAGUAUUACUUGCAAAGCAUUUUGAAGACGGGUCGCAUGUCCACUGUGCACUUUUGGCGCUUCACUUCCAUAUUUUGUGUAAGCUACGUAUAAUGGUACGACAGGGACAGUCGUAAUACUGUACGUCGACACACCUUUAUUUUUUUCUCUCGUGUGUUUCGACUGCGUAAUAUGACUGUUUUUUCCGGGUCUUAUCCAAGACGCGCAGUGGUUCUGGUUUUCCAUUGUCACGCAGGCGCUGCCAGGCAAACCAACUCACUCCGAUGUCUUGACUGACGAACUCGGCACAUCAAGCUGCGACUGUGACUGACGAUCUGAAGUGUGAAUCUAGGUUUAAGUUUCUCGUAAAGAUGUAAUUUUGCCAUGUAUUAUGUUUAAACCCGCAACCCUCGCCCCAAUCUCGAAUGUCAAUCCCAAACUUUAUCUCAUAACUAUUAUUUUUGCCACGUGUGAUUUUGCGACCGACUCCGGUUAUUUGCCCUCUUUCCUCUUUCUCCAUUUGGGCUCCUUUUUUUUUGUUGUCUCAGAGCAAUUUGUGCAGUAUUCAAACUAGUUUCAUAAGGCCUCGCUUUAAGUUAUUUAAGUUAUUUGUAUUCAUUCGUCGCAAAUAUAUAUUAAAACUGUAAAUGAUG